AUUAGCCUUGACAAAUACUAGUAGUACUAGCAGUCUGAGUUUUUAAUGAAAUCACGCAGCAAAAUAAAUGCCUGAGACAGUGAGCGAGUGUCUCAAAUCAAACCACACUCACUUUCCUUCUCCAAUCACAUUUUCUCACCCAACUAUCAUCAUCAUCGCCACAACACACAGUACUAUGCAUUUAAUGUAUACAUUGACGAACAAAUCAAACCCUCACCAUUAAAUAUAACUCAUUUAUUCAAUUCUUUUGAGAUGAAACUCAAACACACACUCUCUUUCUUCGUUUCAUCUUCUGCCAUGGAAGCUCAUCUCAAAAUCUUCAAUCCUUCCCUUUUCACUCGCCAAUUAACCACCAAACCUACUUUCCCUUCUUACAAUUACCAACACCUCCCUCUUCGAAAAAUACCCAGAAUCUCUUCAACUCUUAUUCGUUCUUCCCAUUCACCAAUUCCAGGAAACUCGGAUUCUCAUAAAUUCUUCUCUUCUCUCACAUCUUCUCAAAAUCUCAACUUUUCAACUCCCAAUAAGAUUCUAAACAACCCCUUUAUCUCACAUUCGCAAUCUAGCAAUAUUGUUUGGAACCCAGCUUUUGAAAACGGAAACGAGGGUUUUUACGGAAGUAACAAAAACCGUGUUGUUACGGUGGUUUUGUUAGGGUGGCUUGGAGCGAAAACCAGACACCUCAGAAGAUACGCUGAGUGGUACAAUUCACGUGGCGUUAACGCCGUUACUUUCGUUGUUGAUGUAAAAGAGAUUCUUGGAUUUGACCUUGGGCAUGUGCUUGAGGAAAGAAUCUCCACGUUUGCUGACCAAUUGGUUUCGUGGGUUUCUGGUGAGGAGAAAGAUGGGAGAGAAAGGUGUUUGGUUUUUCACACAUUCAGUAACACUGGUUGGUUUGUGUAUGGUUCAAUUCUUGGUAGGUUUAUGGAAAGUCAUCAUGUAGUGGAGAAGGUUAAAGGAAGCAUUGUUGAUUCUGGUGGUGCAGAGCCUUUUAAUCCUCAGGUCUGGGCUGCUGGUUUUGCUACUGCUAUAUUGAAGAAACGUAGCUCUUCCGCACAAGCUUUAGCCGAUGUAGGAAGCAAGCCUAAAUCAGAAGCAAAGAUUCAACAAAAUGAACCUUCCAUAAUUGAAAUUGUGGUGUUCUUACUUUUAGAGAAGAUAUUCUCAUUUCUUUUGCAGUUGCCAGAGUCGAAUCAGAGGUUAAAUAAGGUUUUCACUCCCCUUUUGGAGCACCAGCCUUGCCCUCAACUCUACCUGUAUAGUACAGCCGACAAAGUAAUCCCGUUUCAAUCGAUAGAAGCGUUCAUUGAGGAACAGAGGAAGUUGGGAAAGAAUGUGAGAUCAUUUAAUUUUGGUUCAUCUCCCCAUGUGGAUCAUUAUAGAAAUUUUCCAGACGUAUAUCUGUCACAAGUUGCUGAAUUCUUGAACGAGUGUUUUGAUAAUACAGACAAACAGACAGCAGAUGCAUAUGUUAAGUUUCAGUCCAAAACUAAGGAUUAAGUGUAAGGUUAACUUUAAGAACAGUAGCGCUAAUUGAGCAUAGAAUAGCUAAAAUUUAGACACUUUUUAUUUAUUUAUAAUUGAGUUUAGAGUAGUAAUAGACCAUUUUUCCAUCGCUGUUAAGAAAGGCGGUGUUUCAUGUUGUAUUCAAAUUUACAUCUUAAAUAAUGUUUUUGAUCCAAGUUAUCAUUCAA